GUGUAUGCGUGUGAGCUGGCCCGAGGAGCACGGGCGGGUGUGAGAGCGAGCACACGUGUCGGGUGUGCACUUGUGUGCGCUUUGGGGCCCUUGCCUGGCCCUCUGCGCCCCGCGCCCCUCCCGGCUGCCCGCGGCAGCUCCCGCCACUCCCGCCCCGCACCGCCUCUCCGGUCCUCGCCCGCCACGCCGCAGUCGCUGCCGCCGCCCAGCCUGAGCCCGCGGGCCGCCCGUGCAGGGCACCUGUUGGAGGCCCAGGGACAGGAAGGGAGGGAAGUGAGCUUCCUUCAGACCCCAGCCAGCCACGCCAGCUCUACACUCGUCUCCCAGCCAGAGGUGCUGCAUGAGGGGCCGCAGGGGGGAUCGCAUGACCAUCAACAUCCAGGAGCACAUGGCCAUCAACGUGUGUCCUGGACCCAUCAGGCCCAUCCGCCAGAUCUCGGACUACUUCCCUCGCAGGGGGCCCGGACCAGAGGCUGCUGGCGGCAGGGGCUGUGGGGAAGCCCCUGCUCACCUGGCCCCUCUGGCUCUGGCCCCCCCUGCGGCUCUCCUUGGGGCCACCACACCCGAUGAUGGAGCUGAGGUAGACAGCUAUGACUCAGAUGAUACCACUGCUCUGGGCACAUUGGAAUUUGACCUUCUCUAUGAUCAGGCUUCCUGCACUCUGCACUGUAGAGUCCUCAGGGCCAAGGGCCUCAAGCCCAUGGAUUUCAAUGGCCUGGCUGACCCCUAUGUAAAGCUGCACCUCCUGCCAGGAGCCUGCAAGGCCAAUAAACUUAAAACUAAGACGCAGAGGAACACACUGAACCCCGUGUGGAACGAGGAGCUGACAUACAGCGGAAUCACGGAUGAUGACAUCACUCACAAGGUGCUCAGGAUCUCUGUCUGUGACGAGGACAAGCUGAGCCACAAUGAGUUUAUCGGGGAGAUCCGAGUGCCCCUCCGCCGCCUCAAGCCUUCACAGAAGAAGCAUUUUAACAUCUGCCUUGAGCGCCAGGUUCCGCUUCCUUCACCCUCUUCAAUGUCUGCAGCGCUGAGGGGCAUUUCCUGUUACCUGAAGGAGCUGGAGCAGGCAGAGCAGGGACCUGGGCUGCUGGAAGAGCGUGGGCGCAUCCUGCUGAGCCUCAGCUAUAGCUCUAGGCGGCAUGGGUUGCUGGUGGGCAUCGUUCGCUGUGCUCACCUGGCUGCCAUGGAUGUUAACGGCUACUCUGAUCCUUAUGUGAAGACGUACUUGAGACCAGAUGUGGACAAGAAAUCCAAGCAUAAAACAUGUGUAAAGAAGAAGACGUUAAACCCAGAAUUUAAUGAGGAAUUCUUCUAUGAGAUGGAACUCUCCACUCUGGCCACCAAGACCCUGGAAGUCACAGUCUGGGACUAUGACAUUGGCAAAUCCAAUGACUUCAUAGGUGGUGUGUCUCUGGGGCCAGGAGCCAGGGGAGAGGCACAGAAGCACUGGAGUGACUGUCUCCAUCAGCCAGACACAGCCCUGGAGCGCUGGCACACCCUGACCAGCGAGCUGCCCCCAGCGGCAGGGGCUUUCCCUUUGGCCUAAGCAGACAGCAGCUGCCCAGCACAGGCCCUUUGGGCCGGGUCCAGUACCCAACCUUCGCACGAGUGUGUUGCACGUUUACAUGGGGUGGGAUGCCCCCUGCCUCACACUACCUGUCUUAUUUUUGUGAGUCUCUGUGACCGUGGGUCUGUCUUCUUGUGAGGGACUGUGGAGAGCUAUAUUCACAUAUGCAAACUUUUUCCUGCCUGACUUGCUGUUACCUGCAAAUAUGCAACCACCCCAUGCACAGGGCCACACGGGAGUCUCCUGCCAGUGCCCCUACCCCACCUUGCUACUCCUCUCUUGGCCUCUCCAGGCUGCCUGGCCCCCUGCUUCACAGGGAGGAGGUCGGAUUAGGGGAGAUUAGAGGAGGACAUUUCCAAAAGAGGAAAGGACAAGUAAAGAAAGAGCCAACCUUUAAUACAGAGCCUUUGUUAAAAAGUCCCAGCCCUGCUCGGCUGCUCUUGUAAAGGGGCAGCCUCCACUGGGUCUCUGCCUCCCUAAGAUGGGGCAGAUAACUGUCCCCUGGAUGGGGCUGGGAUGUGAGGGCAGGGGCCCUGCCACCUUCCUCGGGGACAUUUGUGCAUGUUUACGCCUUUUCUGAUUGUGUCAGUGGCCGAAGCAUGGCAACUGGGCAUCAAUAAACAUCUCUUGAGAAGU